ACCAAAUAUUUAACAUGAUCAGGGCUGGUGGGUUGGGUUCAUGUCAUGAAGAGGAGCGCAUGGACUUGCCUUUACGCACCAGUGACAACCGCGCUUUUGGAUGCUGCGUACACUGAGGCAGGAGCUUGAAGCCUCCUAGGAAUCGAAGGCGGUGCACAUUACAUCAAUUUCCGCUAUUGCGUCUGUAGGAACCGAGCACAGCGAAACAACAGCGCAAAAGUCAUCCGAGCGUUGCCGUGCUGUGCCGGUGAGCACUGCGUUGUUGGCGAUGGAACGGUGGAAAGGCAGAGUGGCCCUGGUGACCGGAGCCUCAGUGGGCAUCGGGGCGGCUGUAGCCCGGGCACUCGUCCAACAGGGCAUGAGGGUGGUCGGCUGUGCCAGGAAUGUCGACAAAAUCGAGAAGCUGGCAGCAGAAUGUCAGAGCGCAGGAUACAGCGGCACACUGAUCCCGUACAAGUGUGACCUUUCUAAUGAGGAAGAGAUCCUCUCCAUGUUUUCAGCCAUCAAGACGCUCCACAAAGGCGUGGACGUGUGCAUCAACAACGCUGGGCUGGCCCACAAUGAGCCCCUGCUCAGUGGGAAAACAGAAGGCUGGAGGAAUAUGAUCGACGUGAAUGUCCUAGCCUUGUCCAUCUGCACCCGGGAAGCUUACAAAUCAAUGAAGGAGAGGAAUGUGAAUGACGGUCACAUUAUCAAUAUCAACAGUAUGAGUGGGCAUCGGAUAAUACCAAGUGCUGACACGCAUUUCUACUCUGCCACCAAAUAUGCGGUGACCGCUCUGACUGAGGGAAUAAGGCAAGAACUAAGGGAAGCCAACACCCACAUUAGAGCCACUUGUAUAUCCCCUGGAAUAGUGGAGACUGAAUUUGCCUUCCGUCUCCACAACAAUGAUCCAGAGAAAGCUGCCGCAGUGUACGAGAGUAUGAAAUGUUUAAAAGCUGAAGACAUAGCAAGUGCAGUCACAUUUGUCCUCAGUGCCCCUCCUCAUGUUCAGAUUGGAGAUGUUCAGAUGAGGCCAGUUGAGCAGGUGUCCUAGCAGUGUAACACAUGGACAAGACGCUGCAGGAGGAGCCCAAAAGUCAGCAUCCAUGAUGACUCAGUAGCGACCUCUGCUGAGCGCGGGUGGGUGUUAGGUGGGAUCAUAAAUCAGCUACAGUGGUUGGAUGUGGAGGAACGCAAAGAGGCAAGAAGGGCUGGAAGUCAAGAGGUUGCAGGAAGUGAAGGGUGUGGACUCUAACCACAGUGAAAAUACUACUGAAUGCAGAGUUCAUGCUGUGCUAUGCGCGGUCAUCUUACGGAUAUGACCAAAACAUCAGAGAAAGACAAUGCAAUUGACUGCAUUUUUUGUUCCCUUUUUUUCUUCCCUUUUGGGAGGUCAUACUGUUUUACAUAUCUAUUUGAAAUUAAAUGGAAAUCGUAAUUGCUUGUUUGUAUUAACCCUUCAUAGGGCACUCAUUGGCUGCCGUUGACAGCGAUAGACGUCCAAUCCAUUUUUGGAUUGGACAUCUAGUGCCGUCAGUGGUACUGAUGACUCAGUCCUCACAGAUUAAGUGAAUUAGACGUGUACCACCGUCAAUGGCAGGCAAUGAGUUAAAUACUAUGAAAAAAAAAAUCAACUUGAGAGUGCUGUUAGGAGCCAUAACCAGAGUGGAUUUCUGUUUUUAUUCAUUUUAAUAUUGUUUUUAUUAACUAGCCAUUAAUAAUUUUAUUUAUUCAUAAAAGCAUACAUAAAAGUAACACACACACAAAAAAAAUCAAUAAUGAUUAUUAUUUUUUAGGCGACCACAGAGAGUAUGUGAACAUCACAUUUUGGGUCAUGUAGGCCACACUUGAAUACCAAAUGUUAGUAUUGUGGCCUACAAAAUGUCAUGUCCACGUAUUUGGAUGCCAGGUCUACGUUAUUAUUAUUUUUACCAAAAAUAGUAACGUGCCCUGUGAAAGGUUAAUUCUUAUAUUUAAGAUUGUUUGAUCUCCUAAUGAUAGGCAGACCUGCUAUCGUAGAAAAAUAACCUUAGAAAGUACUGUGUCCUUUUCACUAUUUAACAAUCUCUAAAACCUGUCACCUUAUAUUCGACUUCUUUGAAAAUACAUCCACUUUUGAAGAUUAUUUGCUGACUUGGAAAAAAUAUAUAUAUAUAUUCUGCUGUGAAUCGAAAGGAGUUUAUCACAAGUAGACGUCCAAACCAUUUGAACUGAGGCGCUGACUUUCGUUCAUUUGUUGUCAAGCGUCCCGUUCAAUUGGAUUGGACAUCUUUUGCUGUAAUUGCAGCCAAAUAGUUCAUGAAUAAAAUUACCAUUUAGAAACUGUAUUUCAGGUUUACUUGGGUUAACUUAGUCUGAUAUUGAAAUGUGUUAAAUCAGCCAUUGCCUGCCAGUAGUGCACUACUUACUAGACACCAUCAAUGACUAUACUGCAUAAGACUUUAUAAUCACUGUACUCAGUGUAAAGGAAAUCUAUUAGAUGUCAGGAAUAGGAGGUUUUUAUUACACUUUACAUAACAAGCAGCAUGACCUGUGUACUACUGAUAAAAAUCAAAGGUUUAUUAUUUGAAUCGGCAGCAAUGCAGUUGACCUAAUAAAUGAGUCACCACACUGA